CGCUGCCCGCCUCUGGAGCGCGGCGCCGGGGCCGGGCCCGGCGGGAUGUUCUCCAAGAAGCCGCACGGGGAUGUGCGGAAAUCCACGCAGAAGGUGCUGGACACCCGCAAGGACCCGCUCACCCGCCUCAAGCAUCUGCGCGUCCUCAUCGAGAAUGCAGAAUCGAUUGAUCUCAAACAGUUUUUUGAUCUACAUUUCUCACAUAUAUAUUAUGUGUUCUUUGAAAACUUUGUGACUAUUGAAGUAGGUCUGAAACAAAAAGGUCACAAGUCUCAGAGAGAAGAAUUAGAUUCUAUUCUUUUUAUUUUUGAGAAAAUAUUGCAACUCCUUCCAGAAAGGAUUCAUCAGAGAUGGCAAUUUCAUAGUAUUGGGUUGAUUUUAAAGAAGCUUCUUCAUACUGGAAAUUCAUUAAAGAUACGUCGAGAGGGUGUGCGUCUCUUUCUGCUGUGGCUGCAAGCACUUCAGAAUAACUGUAGUAAAGAACAACUAUGGAUGUUUUCUUGCUUAAUUCCGGGAUUUUCAUCACCACAAUCUGAAUAUGGUCCCCGAACACUAGAUAAUCUCAUUAACCCUCCUCUCAAUGUUCAAGAAACUCAAGUGACUAUAGAGGAAAUCACUCCACUUGUUCCACCUCAAUCUGGGGAUAAAGGACAAGAAGACUUAACAAGCUAUUUCUUGGAAGCACUUCUGAAAUACAUAGUAAUUCAGGUUAAGAGUUUGGAAUGGAAGAACAAAGAAAACCAGGAAAAGGGAUUUUCAUUUUUAUUCUCAAAUUUUAAGAAAUAUUACUUACCUUCUAUCUUCCCAAAUAUCUGUAAGGAGACCAGCUUAUAUAACCCUAUACUUGAUAUACCACAGAUGAGACCAAAGCCACACUACGUAAUGGUUAAGAAAGAUGCUGAAACCAAUGAGGCAAUAUAUUGCACAAAGGAACCUUUUAUUAAGGCUCGUGUUAUUGUCAUUCGGUGGUUGGUGUCUUUCUGGCUUGAGCCAAAACCCCAUACAGGACCUCAUAUUCCUGGGAUUGAAGGUGAAAAUGUGCCAAAGAAUAUUCAGAGAGCAGCUGCUAGCAUGGCUUCAAGAGAAGACAGCAAAAAUGACAAUACUGACAAGCAGGAUAGAAAUGCAGAGCCAGAACAAUCGCAUUCUAAUACAAGUACUCUAACAGAGAGAGAACCAAGUUCUUCUAGCCUCUGCAGUAUUGAUGAAGAACAUUUAACUGAUAUUGAAAUCGUCCGCAAAGUCUUUUCUUCUAAAAGAAGUAAUGUUAAUUUUCUAACUGAGAUUUUUCGACAGGCAUUUCUGUUGCCAAUAUGCGAAGCAGCUGCCAUGAGGAAAGUGGUAAAGGUAUAUCAGGAAUGGAUUCAGCAAGAAGAUAAGCCUUUAUUUAUGAAAGAAUCUGAAGAAGUAAUGCAGUGUGCAACUGUAGAUUGUGAUGAAAAUGUUGUAGACCGCAAUUCAUCAGAGAAAGCAAAAGAAAGAGAAGAGGAAAAAGCUAUGAACUGCAGUCAUGUUAGGAACUCAAACUGGGCAAGAAAUGGCUGUUACCAAGAGACUUUGCAUAAACUAUCUGAGAUUGAUACGGAAGAGCAAAAUGUACGAGCUGGAAUGCAGUCAGUAUUACAGGUUUUUAUAAUAAAUUCUUCAAACAUAUUCUUUCUUGAGCCUGCAAAUGAAAUUAAAACUCUGUUGGAUGAACAUACUGAUAUGUGUAAACGGAUUCUUAAUAUCUACCGUCACAUGGUAGUUCAAGUUACUAUGGACAAGAAGACCUGGGAACAAAUGCUACUUGUGUUGCUCAGAGUUACUGAAUCUGUGCUGAAAACACCACCCCAAACUUUCUUGCAGUAUCAAGGAAGAAAAAACUCCACUUUAGCAGGAAGACUUGCGGGACCUCUUUUCCAGACUCUUAUAGUAGCUUGGAUCAAAGCAAAUCUAAAUGUGUACAUCUCUCGAGAACUUUGGGAUGACUUACUGUCUGUCAUGUCAUCACUGACAUACUGGGAAGAGCUGGCCACUGAGUGGUCACUGACAAUGGAGACCCUAACUAAAGUGUUAGCCAGAAACCUGUACAGUCUGGACCUCAGUGACCUGCCAUUGGAUAAGUUAAGUGAGCAGAAACAGAAAAAACACAAAGGCAAAGGAGUUGGGCAUGAAUUCCCCAAGUCUUCAGUGGAUAAGUCCUUUUCUAGAGGCUGGAGCCGUGAUCAGCCUGGACAGGCGCCAAUGAGACAACGGAGUGCUACAACCACUGGAUCUCCAGGAACUGAAAAGGCAAGAAGCAUAGUACGACAGAAAACUGUUGACAUUGAUGAUGCUCAAAUUCUUCCACGUCCACCUCGAGUCAGACAUUUUUCACAGAGUGAGGAUGCUCCAAGUGAAGUUUUUGGUGCAUUAAAUGAGGAACAACCACUGCCACGAAGCAGCAGCACCUCUGACAUCCUGGAACCAUUCGCAGUUGAACGAGCCAAAGGUGCAGUUCCUGUCAUUGAAAGUUCAUCCCAUCAUGCUCCAAGUUUACAAAGUUCCACUGAGACCUCUUCAAUGCAUAGAUCCACUGAAAGCCAUAUUACCGAUUCAAAUAGCAGAGAGUCCUCCUUGGAAGUUGGGGAUAGUAUUUAUGACCAUCUUUGUCAUUUAAUAGGGCCAGUAGAAUUUGCAAACACAACCUUUGAACAAAACCAGUAUGUUGACCUUGAAGGUGAAGAUGAUCUUCUUUCCUCUCUGAGAGAAUAUCUUAAAGAAAAAGAAGAACUUUGCGGUAACUUUGAGAUAGAUGAAUGUGAGGCUUCUGCUCAUGAAGGUGAUACAUCAGUAAAUAGGAAUGAUAGAUUACCUCUGGAUGGAUUAGAAAAUAGUGAUCAGACUGGUCAAUGCACGAAUAGCGUCACUGUUACAGAAAGACCUGAUAACCCAGAGCUGCACCUAGAACAAAACCAAAGUGGCUUUAUAAGUAAUAUUGCACCUGCUCAAAUAGACAUUUUUGCAAGAAAUGAAGCACUCGAUAAAGUCAGACAGUUAAAUAUUGAUAAACAGUGUGAAAGUCUGUUUGAUCAUGGGCCAAGUAGUCCUAGCAUCAAAGACGGAAAAAGAUAUCUGUACAGACAAGCAGCCACUGAAGCUGAUGUAGAUUCAGCCGUGGAAGCAGCAUUAGCUGAAAAGCAUAAAAGUGCUCAGUUUAACGACAAAAUAACCAACUCACGUGUUAUGCAUGCAAAGAAAAUUCUUCCUAAAGCACAAGUUAACCCUCAAAUGCCUCACAUCACAGGUACAAGCAAGCUGUCACCAACUAAAAGAAGUAUAUCUGAAACAGUAACUCAUAGGGCCAAAAUCAUGAAAAUAACAGCUAAAAAAAGAAAUAGCGUUCAUGUAACUUUUAGACCAUCUACAGAAUCAGUUCAGUUUUACAAUCCUCUUGAGAACAAAGAGGCUGCAUGGAAGGCAAGACUUCGUAAACUUAGUGGCUUCAGUGGUAGUGGUAGUGGUAGCAGCAACAGCAGUAGCAGUACAAGCAGCAGCUCGUCAGCUGCCAUGGAGCUGGUUAGACCUGGAAUAUAUAGACCUCUAGAUGCGAUCAAUGCUGCUUCACUUAGUAGCAAGCAAAGUAAGGAAAUUACAGAAACUCAAACAGCCAUGCUGCAAAAGGAAGCUAUUGCAGUUAAUCAGUUCCAUAAUCGUAGUGCAUUUAGAUCAUCAGGUCAGGAGUCAGCGCAACAGCAGGGCUCCCUGGGUGGUGUUUAUAAAACUGUUGUACAUGCUCUUUCGAAGCCGAAGGCAAAUGUUUCCCCACAGAGGCAGAACAGAAUGCCAGCAGAGGCUCCACUGAGGGAUCUGUACAGUCAUGUAAUGGGCUAUUUUGGAAGGAGAGCUGCAGCUAAUAGAGAGGACAUGAGUCAAAAGCUGCACCCUAUUGAUAGUGAUAUUGGCAGUAGCAAUACAAAUGUUCCUGACCUCAUGGAUGAAUUUAUAGCUGAGAGACUCCGCAGUGGUAGUACACUGAAUGUGACAAGACGAGGAAGCAGUCCUGGCAGCCUGGAAGUUCCGAAAGACCUUCCUGAUGUAUUGAACAAACAGAACCAAAUGCGCCCUAUAGACGACCCAGGCGUGCCUUCUGAAUGGACAUCACCUGCUAGCGCAGGCAGCAGUGACCUCAUCAGUUCAGAUAGCCACUCGGACUCGUUCAGUGCCUUUCAGUAUGAUGGACGCAAAUUUGAAAGUACACUUACAGCGACUAAGCAGAAUACAGGACAUGCAAUAGGAAUGUCUUCUCCAGAAGUUCAGUCGCAGUUUUGUGACAGAAAUGAGAAUGUCCAUAAUAGCCAAUUACUUUCUGCUUUUACAUCUUAUGUAAAUUGUGCAACAGUGUGUUGGAAGCAUAGGAGAUGUACAUACAAGUUUUACAUGGAGGAUUUUGGAGAUUUCAGCUUUGGCACAGAGGCAGGGACACCAGCUUCCACUGAUGCUGAUGCAAUUUCAGGACAACAUCAAAGUGCUGAGGAACAAGAAGUAGCCAGUCUAACUACACUCCAUAUAGAUUCGGAAACAAGUAGUUUGAAUCAGCAACCGUUGUCUGCUGAAGCUGCAACUGUUACUGGCUCUGAAAGUGCUUCUCCAAUCCAAUCUGCUCUUGGAUCCCGAUCACAGACACCCUCUCCUGCCACUCUUCAUGCAGAUCAUAUUGAGCAGAAGGAUCUGCAACUGGAUGAGAAGCUCCACCACUCUGUUUUGCAGACGCCAGAUGACCUAGAAACUAGUGAAUUCCCCUCAGAAUGUUGCAGUGUUAUGGCUGGGGGAACGCUUACAGGAUGGCACGCAGAUGUUGCUACUGUGAUGUGGAGACGAAUGCUGGGAAUUUUAGGAGAUGUCAACAGCAUCAUGGAUCCAGAGAUUCAUGCCCAGGUUUUUGAUUAUCUGUGUGAACUGUGGCAGAAUCUGGCCAAGAUAAGAGACAAUCUUGGUAUUUCAACAGAUAACCUCACUUCACCAUCUCCACCAGUUUUAAUCCCACCACUGAGAAUUCUAACACCUUGGCUGUUCAAGGCAACAAUGCUGACUGAUAAAUACAAACAAGGAAAGCUACAUGCUUAUAAACUUAUUUGUAAGACAAUGAAGCGAAGACAAGAUGUAUCUCCCAACAAGGAUUUUUUAACUCAUUUUUACAAUAUAAUGCACUGUGGACUUCUUCAUGUUGAUCAGGAUAUUGUCAAUACAAUCAUCAAGCACUGCUCUCCUCAGUUCUUUUCACUUAGUUUGCCUGGUGCCACCAUGCUUAUUAUGGAUUUCAUUGUAGCAGCAGGAAGGGUGGCAGCUUCUUCUUUUCUCAAUGCACCAAGAGUUGAAGCACAAGUUCUUUUAGGAUCUCUUGUCUGUUUUCCCAAUUUAUAUCAUGAACUACCAGCUCUUCACCCAAACAUUCCUGACAUAGCUGUGUCUCAGUUUACAGAUGUUAAGGAGCUCAUAAUUAAAACUGUGUUAAGUUCAGCCAGAGAGGAGCCAUCUGGUCCAGCACGAUGCGUUGCUCUUUGCAGCCUUGGUAUUUGGAUCUGUGAGGAGCUAGUUCAUGAAUCUCAUCAUCCUCAGAUCAAGGAAGCCUUGAAUGUGAUUUGUGUUUCUUUAAAGUUUCCAAAUAAAACAGUAGCUCAAGUUGCCUGCAGUAUGCUGAACAUGCUGAUACAUUAUGUGCAUAGACUUCAAGUGUAUCAAGCUGAUUCACCUUUAAGAAUUAUUCAAAUUCUGAUAGCAACAAUUACCCAUCUGCUACCUGGUACAGAAGCUUCAUCCUAUGAACAGGACAAGAGGUUGGUAGUUUCCUUACUUCUGUGCUUAUUGGAUUGGAUAAUGGCCUUGCCAUUAAAGACCUUGCUGCAGCCUCUUCACGCUACAGGAGCAGAAAAUGAUAAGACUGAGAGAUCUGUUCUCAAUUGUAUUUAUAAGGUUCUACAUGGAUGUGUCUAUGGAUCUCAGUGUUUUAGUAACCCCAAAUAUUUUCCCCUAAGUCUUUCUGAUUUGGCAUGUGUGGAUUAUGAUCCUUUUAUGCAUUUAGAAAGCUUGAAGGAGCCAGAACCACUGCAUUCUCCAGACUCGGAGCGUUCUUCUAAACUUCAACCAGUCACCGAAGUGAAAACUCACAUGCAACAAGGAUUAAUUUCUGUUGCUGCUCGUACUGUGAUCACACAUCUAGUCAACCACUUAGGCCACUAUCCUAUGAGUGGAGGACCUGCUAUGCUAACUAGUCAAGUGUGUGAAAAUAAUGACAAUCCAUACAGUGAAAGUCCUGAACUUUCUCCGGAACUUUUUGAGAAUCCAAACCUUCAAUUCUUUGUGUUAAACAAUACUUCCUUGGUGUCUUGCAUACAAAUCCAAGCAGAAGAUGACAUGCCUGGGGGAGGACUGUCUGCUGGACUUGCAUCUGCUAAUUCAAAUGUCAGAAUUAUAGUGCGAGAUCUGUCUGGCAAAUACUCAUGGGACUCAGCCAUUUUGUAUGGACCGUCAUCCUUAUGUGCAUCUUCACAACAAACAUCUUUUGCCCUUUCAUUAUCUCAACAAGAAAAAACUGAAGAUCCUCUUUCUUCUUUUGAGCAUGUGGAAGAUAUAUCUGCAAGGGAUGGAAUUACACUCCAAGUAAAAAAGAAAUUCAGAGACACUGUACCAACAUGGGAUACAAUUAGGGAUGAAGAAGAUGCCCUUGAUGAGCUCCUGCAGUAUUUAGGUGUUACAAGCCCUGAAUGCUUACAGAGAACUGGAGUCUCACUCAACAUUCCUGCUCCCCAACCAGUCUGCAUCUCAGAGAAGCAGGAGAAUGACGUCAUCAAUGCAAUUCUGAAACAGCACACAGAAGAAAGAGAGUUUGUUGAAAAACAUUUCAAUGAUUUAAAUAUGAGGGCUAUGGAGCAGGAUGAGCCAACAUCGCAAAAGCCCCAGUCAGCAUUUUACUACUGCAGACUGCUUCUCAGUAUACUGGGAAUGAAUUCUUGGGAUAAAAGAAGGAGCUUUCAUCUCCUGAAGAAAAAUGAGAAGUUACUUCGAGAGCUCAGAAAUUUGGACUCAAGACAGUGCCGAGAGACCCACAAGAUUGCAGUGUUUUAUGUUGCUGAGGGACAAGAAGAUAAACACUCCAUUCUUACUAAUACUGGGGGAAGUCAAGCCUAUGAGGAUUUUGUAGCUGGCCUUGGUUGGGAGGUAAAUCUCACAAACCAUUGUGGUUUUAUGGGAGGACUGCAAAAAAACAAAAGUACUGGAUUGACUACUCCAUAUUUUGCUACCUCAACAGUAGAAGUAAUGUUCCAUGUGUCAACAAGAAUGCCUUCUGAUUCAGAUGACUCUCUAACAAAAAAGCUGAGACAUUUAGGAAACGAUGAAGUACACAUUGUUUGGUCAGAGCAUACUCGAGAUUAUAGAAGAGGAAUAAUUCCAACAGAAUUUGGUGAUGUUCUUAUUGUUAUCUAUCCCAUGAAAAACCAUAUGUUUAGUAUCCAGAUCAUGAAGAAGCCUGAGCCAAUUUUCAUCUUCUCCUGGACUCAGCAUAGGAACUUGAAAAUAAAUUCAGCCAAGCAAAGACCAUUCAACUCCUAGGCAUAUGAACACAUAUCCUUUCUAAUUUCUGUUCAUCGAAUGUCUGGGCUGUCAGUGGUUUAAGAUAGUGAAUGCUGACUGAGUAAAAGUCAUCAUGAAUGUUUGUACUGCAAAAUUUCUCUAUAUGAUGUCACUCACCAUAAGUUUCUGUGCUUCAUAUAUUGAAGCACUUUCUUAAAAGUGCUAAAAUUAAUUGAGAUAUAACAGAAUAGGGACAUAGGAAUUCAUCCAUGUGAUAACUACCUCUGAUUAUAGGUAUGAAAUGAUACCCAGUAUAUGGUCUUAUUAUCACAAGGUUCCUUGUAUUUGAAUUAAUAAGUGUAUUGUUUUCUUUACUAGCUUAAGCACAGCAUGUUAUAUUACGGGGAAUAGUGAAGGGCUUGAAUGUUAAAAAGGAAAAAGAAGACUGCCUACAGUAUUGUCAUCUGGCAUUGCAACCUCAUAAACAUCAUAUGCAUAACUAUUCUUUGGAUUUUUGGCAGCAAAUUUUGAAAAUAAGCUUUGAUGAGAUAUAGUAUUAAAAUGGUUGCUUAAUUUUCUUAAAAUACUUUAUCUGUUACCAGGGAUAUCAAGCAGUUAUAUGGCUGUAUAUUUCCUUAAGAGAAAAGCUCUGUCAUGGAGCACAAUAACUGGUCUGAUUAUCUAAGAAUGAGGAGAAAAAAAUUAUACCCUUGGGCACUCUAUUGUUACUGUUGAUUGGUAAUUGUUAUAGCU